AUGGAGCACCUGGGUCCGCACCAUCUCCACCCGGGCCACGCAGAGCCCAUCAGCUUUGGCAUCGACCAGAUCCUCAACAGCCCGGACCAGGGCAGCUGCAUGGGGCCCUCCUCUCGCCUACAGGACGGAGAAUACGGCCUUGGCUGUUUGGUUGGAGGCGCCUACCCUUACGGCGGUGGGGGCCCCGCGGCCGGGGCGGGGGCCGGGGGCGCGGGGGCCUAUGGCGCUGGAGGCCCGAGCGGCCCCGGUGGCCCGGCGGGCGGCGGCGGCGGCGGCGCCUGCAGCAUGGGCCCGCUGGCCGGCUCCUACAACGUGAACAUGGCCUUGGCGGGCGGCCCCGGUCCCGGCGGCGGCGGCGGCGGCGGCGGCGGGGGGGGCGCGCUGAGCGCUGCGGGGGUGAUACGAGUGCCCGCGCACAGGCCGCUAGCUGGAGCGGUGGCCCACCCUCAACCUCUGGCUACCGGUUUGCCCACCGUGCCCUCCGUGCCUGCCGUGCCGGGCGUCAACAACCUCACCGGCCUCACCUUUCCCUGGAUGGAGAGUAACCGCAGAUACACAAAGGACAGGUUCACAGGUCACCCCUAUCAGAAUCGGACACCCCCCAAGAAGAAGAAGCCGCGCACGUCCUUCACGCGCCUGCAGAUCUGCGAGCUAGAGAAGCGCUUCCACCGCCAGAAGUACCUGGCCUCGGCCGAGCGCGCCGCCCUGGCCAAGGCGCUCAAAAUGACCGACGCGCAAGUCAAAACCUGGUUCCAGAACCGGCGUACAAAGUGGAGGCGGCAGACUGCGGAGGAGCGUGAGGCCGAGAGGCAGCAGGCGAACCGCAUCCUCCUGCAGCUGCAGCAAGAGGCCUUCCAGAAGAGCCUGGCGCAGCCGCUGCCCGCCGACCCGCUUUGCGUGCACAACUCCUCGCUCUUCGCCCUGCAGAACCUGCAGCCGUGGUCUGACGACUCGACCAAGAUCACCAGCGUCACGUCCGUGGCGUCGGCCUGCGAGUGA